UGUCAGUCUGGCACCUUUUAACUUCAGUAGGGAUGCUAGGCAGGAAAAGAUCGCACCCCUGAAGCGUUUGUCACAAAUAACAGAUGGUGAAAUAAUUCAGUAAUACCUGAGGAUAACGUUGCACAAAAAAUCACAAGGAUUGAAGUUGAAAAAUAGAACAGAAAAGACACUAUAAAGAGGUGGGUGAAGAAACGGUGACAGCUGACGCUACGAGGAAACUUCAGAAUGGCGUCGCAUGUGCCGCUCUCCCAUAUGCCGUUAGAACCGAAAUGGCGGCAUAGGCCAACAUUCGUUUACAACAAGAACUAUGCAUACGGGAUCAACUACUACCAACCAAUGAUCGAUUACAUCGAUGAGCGAGAAAAUCGAGCCAGAGCCAAGUCCGAGUAUCCCCACCUCCCGUGGUCGGACAGUCGCGCGCUCUGGGAGGACAAAAAGGUGCAGACUUACACGCCGAGAGAUCUACAACGAUUGGCGGUUGACGCGGAGGUGCAGGCAAAAGAUCAUCUAAGUACAUUUAAGGUUGCCAAGCGUUCGGACUUCAGCCUUUCAAAAACAAUUCACGCGAGUCACGUAACGAAAGAAAUUUUUCCGAGGAAACGUGUCAUCUGCAGACCCGUUCAAGUGCGUCCAAGAAGCGAGUCCCGAGAAAUAGAGCGAAAAAUCAUGAGCGAUUUGGAACUUGGAUCUCUGCAGGACGUUCAGACUAUGAGAGAGGUGAAGGAUGCUCUGGAGCAUGGCAGGCGUUUACGCGGAAAAUCUGCCAAGGCUAUAGAGUUUCAUUUGAAAGCUGACGCUCUGCAGAAUCUUUCGCAAAGCCAGGAAUUGGCAGAUAUAAGGAAAUUUCAAAGAAAUGCUGUACACGUCCUUAUGGAUGACAGGAUGCACUCACAAUUUAUGAGCAACAGAGCGCGGAUGGCCAGGGACGAUCCGAAGUUCCUGGAGCCUCUCGACAACCUCAGCCAUGAACUGAAGGAAUUCGAGCAGAAGUCGAGCGGCUAUUUCUUAGACAAGAGGUAGACAGACUUUGGCACGGGAUCUAUGUGAUCGCUAGGCAUAUAGAAACUAGUCCCCAGACGAAAAUAACACAAAUCUGGUUUUGUAAAAUAAUCCAAUCGCAAGUACCCAUGAAACGGAGUUCAAAACCAAAAUACAAAUCUCUACGAUGUAGUCCCCAAUCCUUCUCACUACAACGUUUCUAUCUCUCUUUGUGAAUAAUUGUGUUGAUUGUCUGACAAUGGACCGAUUCUCUAUCCAGAAAUAACUUCUGGAGUUGCAGGCUUAUUGUUAAACAAACUUGUUAUUUUCCAACAGCAAACAGACCAGCAUUGAGAUCGAACAGCUAAACGCCCGCGUCGUCGAAGCCGAGACCAAGUUGAAGUCCGAAGUAGCUCGCGUCAA